GUGUGUGUGUGUGUGUGUGUGUGUUUGGGCAGGGCUGCAGUGAUGCUCGGCUGGUGUGCAUGAUUCUCUUAUAGACGGGCUUUAGACGGAAAAUUAGUGACUUUGUUGAAUAUAUGAUUUCGUUCAUUGAUUUAUUUGCGGAGACAGCAGAUAUUUUCCCCGAGACAGACAUUAUGCGCUCGGUAACCGGGAGCUGAUGCUCGUAUCAUCUGACAGCUGAUUUAACGGCGAAGAACCUGCGAGAAUUGAAAUUAAUUGAUCGUAAAGAAGGAAUCAAGAUGUCGAUGAAAUCAAAGAACGGCGAGACGGUGAAGGUGGUGGUUCGGUGUCGCCCGAUGAACCGUAAAGAAGAAUCGACGGGUUAUGACAGUAUCGUGGAGAUGGAUGUGAAAUUGGGCCAGGUGGCCCUGCGGAACCCCAAGGCGGGUCCGGGAGAAUUGAUCAAGACCUUCACGUUUGACGCGGUUUACGAUGCUUGCUCCAAACAGAGCGAUUUGUACGACGAAACAGUCCGACCGCUCAUCGACUCGGUUCUGCGCGGGUUUAACGGCACGAUCUUCGCGUACGGACAGACGGGCACCGGGAAGACGUACACUAUGCAGGGCCAGUGGCUGGACGCGGAGCGCCGCGGCAUCAUCCCAAACUCGUUCGAGCACAUCUUCACCCACAUCUCGCGCUCUCAGAACCAGCAGUACCUCGUGCGGGCCUCGUAUUUGGAGAUCUACCAGGAGGAGAUCAGGGACCUGCUCACCAAAGACCACAGCAAGAAGCUGGAGCUCAAGGAGAGCGCAGACUCAGGGGUCUACAUCAAAGAUCUGUCCUCCUAUGUCACCAAGAACGUCAAGGAGAUCGAGCAUGUGAUGAACGUGGGGAACCAGGCCAGAUCGGUGGGCUUCACCAACAUGAACGAGCACAGUUCUCGAUCACAUGCCAUCUUUAUUAUCACGGUGGAGUGCAGCCAGCUCGGUCCAGAUGGCCAGAACCACAUCCGAGUGGGCAAGCUCAACCUAGUGGACCUGGCCGGCAGCGAGAGGCAAACCAAGACAGGUGUCCAAGGUGAACGUCUCAAGGAGGCCACCAAGAUUAACCUAUCCUUGUCGGCCCUCGGAAAUGUCAUUUCCGCCCUGGUGGAUGGACGAAGUUCUCACGUACCUUACCGUGAUUCCAAACUCACACGAUUGCUUCAGGAUUCUUUGGGAGGGAAUGCCAAAACCAUCAUGGUGGCCACGUUGGGACCGGCCUCGUACAAUUACGAGGAGACUCUGACCACCCUGCGCUACGCCAACCGUGCCAAGAACAUCAAGAACAAGCCACGCGUCAACGAAGACCCAAAAGACGCCCUUCUGAGGGAGUUCCAGGAGGAGAUCGCACGGCUCAAAGCGCAGCUGGAUAAACGGGGCAUGAUUACCAGGAGGAAGAGAAGAAGCAGGAGACUGGGGAAGAUUGGAGAAGGAGGUGAGGAAGAGGUAGAGGAGGGUGAGGAGGAGGAGGAGGAGGAUGAAGAAGAGGAGGAAAGCGUGGAGAAGGAGGCGCAGGAGUACAUAAAGGAGCAGCAGGAGAAGCUGGAGAGGGAGAAGGAGGCGAUCAGAGAUGACCAUUCUCUGGUGGCAGAGGAGAAACUGAGACUCCUGGAGGAGAAAGAGAGGAUGAUGAGGCAUCUGAAGAAAGAGCAGGAGGCCACCGAUCUCCUCACAGCCAAGUUUAAGGCAAUGGAAAGCAAGCUGCUGGUUGGUGGGAAAAACAUCAUUGAUCACACUAAUGAACAACAGAAGAUGCUUGAACUGAAAAGACAUGAGAUCGCUGAACAGACACGCAGAGAAAGAGAGAUGCAGCAACAGAUGUUGGUCCAGGAUGAUGAAACAGUAGAACUCAGAGAAACGUUCUCCUCUCUGCAACAGGAAGUGGAGGCGAAGACCAAGAAACUCAAAAAGUUGUAUGCAAAGCUGCAGUCUCUGAAGGCUGAUAUUCAGGACGUGAAUGAUGAACAUGUCAGAAGUCGACAGGAACUGGAGCAAACUCAGAACGAACUGACCAGAGAACUCAAAUUUAAAUAUCUGAUAAUAGAGAACUUUAUCCCUCCUGAAGAAAAGAAUAAAAUCAUGAACAGACUUCAGUUUGACGCCGAGGAGGAUCAGUGGAAGUUUCAGCCUCUCGUCCCAGCAGAGAAUAAAUUCACGCAGAUGAAGAGAAGACCCGCCUCUGCUGUGGGAUACAAGCGACCGAUCAGCCAGCAUGCCAGGGUUGCCAUAGCAAUGGGAGCUUAUUCCAGAUACAGGGCUGAGAAUAUAAUGGUUCUUGAACUGGACAUGACUCCCCCUGUCGUGUUUCAACUGGACUCCCCAAAGUCCAGUUUAGAGACGGAACUAUCGCCAGACGUUCUGUUGGACAAUGAAACCUACAGAGAGAAAUCAGCAGCUGGAUGCGUCAAAAAAUCUCACUCAUGGUGCCAGUUUUCACAAGCCAUCUCCUCCUCAAGCUCCUCCCUCUCUCUAGCAUCCUCAGGGUCUCACAGCCUGCCACACCCACAAACCAUUGCCAUGGCAACAGCCCAUGAAUGAAGUACCAGAAGUACCACAAUACCACCCCUGCAAGGGAUAAACAACAAGUCACAAAACCCCAAAUAUACUGAGGAAGAGGACAGUGAGACAAACUGUUUCAUCACCAUUAACCAGUAACUCCUCUACAGAAUAAUUGGAGCAAUCUUACCAAUAACCAAGUCUUCAGGUGAACUCUUAAAAACCUGCUCCUGUCAAUUUAAACCAGGACAAACUGUGAACGCAAGAGGAAACACGCUUUCACUCUCCAGGAGGACUAAACAUGGACCCAUUCCAACUCAUCAGGACCAAUCAAACGAUCACUACUAAAAAAAAAUAUUCACUCUUGCUUUCUGCUCUAUUAAUACUCAGGACGAUAUUGACCUGAACAGACUUCGAAAACUGCCAUCAGAAGACUCAACAGCACUGACUAAUGUCACCUCAUUUGAGAACUGAGGCUAUUUAAAGGUGAAGUGUGUUCCCGACAGAAUUGCAAAAAUAGUGAACGGUUUUAAACCAAAACGUUUUGUUUGUCCCACCCUAAACUCAUGCCAUUGGCUGAGCUGUGGUCGGAAUGCUAUUGGCUAUUAUUGCAGGCUUCGACAUUUAAUUAUGUGUACGAUAUGAUUUAUAGAUAUCACCAAUUCAGUUUUCACCAUAAAGAAAUGUCAAUUCCUGACAUCAGGAAUGGAAAUACUACUAGAGAAAGGGCUCAUUUUUGAAAUCAGUAAUUACAUUUGCACUAGUAAAAACACUUAACUUGAUAUCAAAAAUGGAAUUUCAACUAGUAAAACAUUAUUGUUGAUAUCUGUAACUGCAUUUUCAGUAUUUCACAAUUAUCUCAAAACAAGUGUGCCGCACAAGCCCUCAAAAGUGAAGCCAAAACAUCUCGAUCGCCCCCCGGUGACUGGUCCUAGUAUAGGUCAUAAACCCCGCCUCCCCAUGUUAUUCAACGGGACGUGAGACCAACUAAACAAUUAAAUUACACUUCACAUAUCUUUUUUCCAAAGAUAGUUUCUGUCAUUUACUGUCGUUUCUAUCACGUUGAUGUCAUUUCAAGUAUUUGUUUUCAAAAUAAGUUUGUUUUUAGUUAUUUGAUGCUAUAAAAACGGUGCUGUGACAUCAUGAUUGACAGCUGUGAUUGACAGGUUCUCUGAGCGAAGUAGUCACUGAAGCACCAACUGACUUUUUUUCGGGAUCUUCGGAGGACUGAAGAGAUUGGAGCUUUAAAUUUAAUAUCUAAAUUUCUAUAAUUCAUUAUUUCACACCGUCAAAAUUCAAAAGUGCAGGGGCGUGUGCUUGCGAUUGAUUCAGCGAGAGUGAGGGCGGGGCCUUGAUUUCGUGGCUUUACUUCCUGCUCACUACUGCGCAGGUCUGGUCCCGAAAUCGCAACUGCGCAGACUCAAGUCCCAAGAUUUCAGCGCCAUAUCGGGACACUGACGGCUUCAGUUCUCACCAAUGGAAAAGAGCGACUCAAAACAAUUACAGACAUCUAAGUAAAAUUUAUUUAUAUAGCACUUUUCACAGAUAAACAUCACAAAGUGCUUCACAGUAAAAUGUAAUACAAAAACAAUUUAAAUACAUUCCCCAAAAUACAAACAACAAACACUACAAACAACCAUAAAAAAACCCUCGACUAACCAAAAGCCUGCUUGAAGAGCAAAGUCUUCAGUUGUUUUUUAAAAGAAUCAACUGAGUUUGCGCAACGUAAAACAAGAGGCAAAGCAUUCCACAGCCUGGGAGCGACUGCCUGGAAUGACUGGUCCCUCUAGUUUUAAAAUGGGUACGGGGAACAACUAAUAGCAUCUGAUCUAAAGACCUGAGACUCCGGGUAGGAGUGUGUGGCUGUAUCAGGUCAGUGAUGUAGGUAGGGACUUGGCCAUGCAAGGCUCUAAAAGUAAGAACUAGAAUUUUAAAAUGAAUUCUAUACUGGACUGGUAACCAGUGAAGUGAAGCUAAAACAGGUGUGAUGUGUUCUCUUCUCUUAACGCGGGUUAAAAGCCGAUUAUAUAUGAAUCUAUAAUUCAUUUCUUACUAGUUGCAAUAACAAACACACAUUUAAACUAUGUACUUCAUACAAGUAAACGUUUAAAAAUGUAUAUCAAUAGUUACAUUGUUACUAGUACAGAUAUCCAGUCUUGAUAUCAACAAUUGAGUUACAACAAGUGAAAAUGUGAAACAUGUUUGAUUUGGUAUUUCAGAUAUCAAUAAACUGGAGAGAAAUUAAAUGGCUUUCUUACAAGUUACAAUUACAUUACAGAUAUCUGAUAUUAACAUUGCCACUAGUGAAAACCACAUUUCAGAUAUCCAAAAAUGAUAUUUUUACUAGUUGCAAUCCAAUUGUUGGUAUUAGGAAUGGCCAUUUGCUUUAGUAACCAUGUAAUUAUUGAAACCAAAAAUGAUCAUUUUUACUAGUGUUAAGAGCAUUUCAUUUGCGUUUUGAACUUUGUAUGUUUUGUAUGACAUGUUUGUAAAAUUCAACUAGUGAAAAUACGUCAUAAUUUUUUUUAUCAAGAAUGAACAUUUUUACUAGUGCAAAUGUAAUUACUGACAUAAAAAGAGCACUUUCACUAGUGAUUAAAAGUAUUUGCAUUUUAACUAGUGAAAAUGUAAUUGUUGAUAUCUAUUAUUCAUAUUCUGUAUGUGAUGGGGGGUUAACCUACAAAUGGAUUACUUACAGUUAAGCUACACAUUAAGUUAAAUAUGAAACAAGAAUGUAUUUUAAUGAAAUCGAAAAUAUUACACACUUCACCGUCCAGCAGUUACGUUUAUUUCAAUGAAUUUAGCUGCUUCCAAAACCGUUGGUCAACCUCAGUGUUUACGUACCGACCAGCAAAGAUCUGAACUAGUGUUAAAGGCACACCGAUGGCAAACACACACAUCUGAUUAUGUAAGCUAAAUGGAUGGGGCUUUGUGAUUGGUCAUGCUGAGCUUUCACUUCCUGUGACUGGAAAGAAAAGAGCUGAGAAAGAGAGUCUCUCACUCUCUCUCUAUCUGCAUGUCUUAAUGUAUGUGUGUGUCUUUGUGAUUCUAAACAGGGUUCUGGAAUAGAGGCGGCUGAUUGUCUGGAGGAAGGAUCUAGAAGUCUAGACCUAGUGUGUGUACCAUGUGACCUGGGCUUUGCUUGUACCUUUAAACAACUGCACUAACUUAAAGCAAUGCAUUUGAUGCCAUACAUCUGUAAGACUACAGAUGAAAACACAUUUAAACUCUCAUACACACACACACAUGCCUUGCUUACUUGACUUCUAACACAGCCAUGAUGAUCCCCAGCCAGACGCCCCUCUCCUGUAAUUAUGAACAUAUUGGAGUUUUGUUAUAUUAAGAUGAUCUGUGUGUUUAUGUGUGUAUGAAUUGUGUGUUAUUGGCUAAUAGAGGUGCUCUCAAUGGUUGGAAUUAAAGCAGUUGUUCUCUGGCAAGUUUCUCUCUCCUGUUUCCUGAGGAAAAAUAAGGCAGAAAUGUAAAGCUUAUAAUAAUAUAAAACCUCUUGCUUUAAUUAUUCUGUUAAAACUUGUGUACUUUUUGAUCUGUUACGUUUUUGAAAUUGUCUUUUUUACAGGAUAACUGGGUUUACAGUGUUUUGU